AGAGGGAGUGAAGAGAAGAGAAGAGAAAAGAAAGAAAAAGAAGAGAAGAAGAUGGAAUUGAGUUUAUCUUCAACAUCGUGUAUACCCAUAAGCUCCAAGCUGAAGCAUAAGCAUGUCCUUUUCCACUCUCAAUUUCCCACUUCCACAGCUUCAACCAAAACCAGAAAAACCAAACCUUUGUUUAUCGUUAACGCCUCCAGACCAACCCUGUCCUCUAACUGGCUCGUUUCUCCAGACGAUUUAUCUGCAUCCACCGCUUCCCCAUGGCUUCCCAGAAUCGAAGAGCUCGAUACCACAAACAUGCUUCUCCGUCAAAGAAUUAUCUUUCUGGGUUCUCAGGUGGAUGAUAUGACUGCAGAUUUUAUCAUUAGCCAGCUUUUGCUUUUGGACGCUGAAGACUCAAAGAAAGACAUCAAGUUAUUUAUAAAUUCACCCGGUGGUUCUGUGACUGCUGGGAUGGGAAUUUAUGAUGCCAUGAAGUUGUGCAAAGCAGAUGUGUCAACUGUUUGCCUUGGGCUUGCUGCGUCCAUGGGUGCAUUUAUCCUUGCUUCUGGUACAAAAGGGAAGAGGUAUUGUAUGCCGAAUUCAAGAGUUAUGAUCCAUCAGCCACUUGGAACUGCUGGUGGAAAAGCUACUGAUAUGAGCAUUCGUAUAAGAGAAAUGGCAUACCACAAGAUUAAGAUCAACAAGAUACUAUCAAGAAUUACAGGGAAGCCUGAAGAGCAGAUUGAUCUGGACACUGAUCGCGACAAUUUUAUGAAUCCAUGGGAAGCCAAGGAGUAUGGUUUAGUUGAUGGCGUUAUUGAUGAUGGAAAACCAGGAUUAGUUGCACCAGUUGUAGAUGCAACACCACCACCAAAAACUCGUGUGUGGGAUCUAUGGAAAAUUGAAGGAAGCAGAAAAGCGAAGAAAAAUCUGCCCUCAGAGCACAAGCUUUUGCAGAAAGUUUCUAAAGGAAGUGAUGGUGAUAAAGGCAGUGGAAAAGAAGGAGAAGCGCCCGUUGCAGUAUGAGUUAGGGGAAGAGUGAUUGUUUUUGCUUCUUUCUAUACUCAGGAGAUCUGUUUAUUUUAAUUUGUUAAUCAUAAAAAAGAUGUUUUUUUUUUUCUCACUUAGACAUAUAGGGUCGUAUUUCUACGUAAUAUUCAUACUGUAUAUUAGUUAUCUUAAAUUUCUUUAAAUGCUUCGAGUAUUUGAUGAAUAUAAUGUUUUCUCCUCCAUGGAAUAGUAGAAA